CUCUCUCCCUCCUUCCCCUCGCAAACCAUUCUCCACCACCACAAGCCACCCCAAAACUCCGUUUCCUCAGCUGCUAGCGCUGAGCCAUGACAGUGGAGCGCGUCAUCACGGUGAAGUACCUGGAGCCGACCAUGUCCAGGGUCCUCCUCGACAAGUUCCCGGACAACUCCGCCUUCGACUUCGACUACUCCCAAAGCGGGAUAUGGUCUCCCUUGCUUCCCCGCGGCGGCGGAAUCGGUCGCCAUGGACCGGCUUCGCUGCUCCUCGACGGCGCCCGGAAGAAACUCUUGGCUGGAUCUCCAGUGGCGCCCCGUAGAGUGAAAGCAAAGCUCACGUACAAGAAGCAGAAAGCUACUAGGGAGAGCUUAGACCUCUCUCCAGUUCCUUCGUCAAGGCUGGGGUGGAAGAGGGUGUCGAGGGCAGCGGCGAAGCGCUUCAAAGUCCACGGAAGAUCGCCGCUGCAGAUGAUGCUGCCGGCGUUAUAAUCCAAGAUAUAGUUGUUUCCAGUUAUAUUAGUGCAUCACAUCUCUACUGCAUUUUUAUUUGUAUUCCUGCAUCGGCUCGUAUGCCAUCGGUUCUUUUCCAGGUUGCAUUGCCUUGGAUCGACUUGCAGGAUCAUCAAGAACAGAGAGUUAAGUUGAA